CCCUUACAAAUUCUAGCCUCCGACACGGGAGGAACCGGUUUUUAAAGCAACACGACUAAGAAACUUAGAAAGCGUUUCCCAAUUAUUUUUUUUUGGGGGGGAGAACUAACAAGAAACGAUAAGAAGUGCGUCUACUGUAAAUACCGCGCUGAACUCAAUAAACCGCAUGUUUGCUUUCCGCAACACAGGAAGGAAGUAGACGUUCAGCAAACGUUGGCUUCUCGGGAGAAAUGGCUGCAAGCGUGCAGGAGGUUAAGAUUGGAAUUAUCGGAGGUUCUGGACUGGAUGAUCCAGAUAUCCUGGAGGGCAGGAUUGAGAAGUAUGUCGACACACCCUAUGGAAAGCCAUCAGAUGCUCUCAUAGUAGGGAAGAUUAAACAUGUGGACUGUGUCCUGCUUGCAAGGCAUGGCAGGCAGCACACCAUCAUGCCGACUGACAUCAAUUACCGAGCGAACGUCUGGGCCCUGAAAGAAGAGGGCUGCACUCACCUGUUGGUGACCACAGCCUGUGGGUCACUCAGAGAGGAGAUCCAGCCUGGGGACAUUGUCAUUCUUGACCAGUUCAUUGACAGAACCACAAAGAGGCCUCAAACCUUCUAUGACGGGAGCCCCACGAGCCCUCCAGGAGUCUGCCAUAUCCCCAUGGCAGAGCCUUUCUGCACCAAAACACGGCAGGUGCUGCUCGAGGUGGCAAGGAACCUGGGAGUGAAAAUCCACCCAAAGGGCACGGUGCUGACGAUCGAGGGGCCCCGUUUCUCCUCCAGAGCCGAGAGCCUCAUGUUCCGGCUCUGGGGCGCCGACGUCAUCAACAUGACCUCGGUCCCCGAGGUGGUGCUGGCCAGGGAGGCGGGCCUGUGCUACGCCAGCAUCGCCAUGGCAACCGACUACGACUGCUGGAGAGAGCACGAAGAGGCCGUCUGCGUUGACAAUGUGCUAAAAACAAUGAAGGAAAACGCAAACAAGGCAGCCAGCAUUUUACUAACUGCGAUACCACACAUUUCCAAAACUGACUGGUCCCAAACUAUGAAGUGCAUGAAGGCUUCUGUGCAGUGUUCAAUAAUGCUACCCAAGCACUGAAGUGCUCAUUGAAGAACUCACUGAAGGACCAUUUUCUGCUGUAAUCACUCUACAGCAGAAUUAACACAAAAUAAUAACCUCAGAAGUGUGCAGGGUAUAUGUAUUCUUCUUGAGUCAUUUAUCAGUAAACUGUAAGCAAAGUGCCUGAAUUGCACAUUUUAUGAUUGUGCAUCUUUCAUUUUAUUGUAUAAUCUUUAGCACUUUUCUUUAUUUUCUAUGUGAAACAUUGAACUUUUAAACUGAUUGCAUGGAACGUUAUCAUUGCACAGUAACUUGUGCAUGAGUAUGAGAAAUUUUAUUGAAAAUUGGUUGUUAGCGAAAAGGUUAGUAAGGUUAGCAAUAAAUAUCCAAACGUAAAUAACUCAUGUUCGAAUCUCAGUUUGAAUAAUUAAAAGUCAUUCCAAUGACUAUUGAGAAGCCAACAUAGGUAUUUACAGCAAGUCAUGUUGACAAGUCAAAUUGACUCAGUAAUGGAGAGUUGGUGUUAUCAACAACUUUUUUAAUUGCCACUCAGGUUAUGGGAAGAGACCACAGAUCUUCCUCUUGGAGUUUGACUGACAAUUUCUGUUUCCUUUUUUUGAAAUACUUGAUUUUACAAAUAAAGAAGUGUGGCACUGCCAAGUA